AACGAAAGAAACAAAAUAAUAUGACCCUCUCAAGGCAGUCUUCUCCACAAUUGUAAUUCUGCAGUAUCCUAAGAAGAAGAUGACAGCUCUUUCAAAUUCUUUGGUUUUAUCCAAACCUCAAAACCCAUCUCUCCAUUUCUCCUCCGGUUCUUGCUUGAAGUCACUAGACCAAAAUGUCAGUGCCACCAAGUUGUCCUUCGGUCCAAGGCAUGGAGGAAAAUCAUAUUCUUCUAAAAGAUCAUUGACCAUUCAAGCAUCAUAUAGUGAUGGUGGAAGGCCAAGCGGUGCUGGCAUCUUUGUUGGUGGCUUUGUUUUAGGAGGAUUGAUUGUUGGCACACUUGGCUGUGUGUUCGCACCCCAGAUCAGCAAGGCAUUAGCUGGAGCUGAUAAGAAGGACCUGAUGAGAAAGUUGCCCAAGUUUAUAUAUGACGAAGACAAAGCAUUGGAGAAACAACGUAAGAAACUUGCCGAAAAGAUUGACCAGCUGAAUUCGGCGAUUGAUGACAUUUCCACUCAGUUGAGAUCAGACGACACGCCAAAUGGAGCUGCUGUGAACUCAGAUGAUGUUGAAGCUGUUGUAUAAGAACAAUUCUAUCUUAAUGUCAAAGUCAGCAGAGGACAUUGAAUACAUUCUGGGAAUAUUCUUAGUUCAGUUUUAGUGUUUUAUGGUAUUUGCUACAAUAUAAUAUCCAGAGUGAGGAACAAUAUGCGAUUAUCGAUUAUUUUUCUGUUUCUGGUGGAAGUGGUGCUGCUUGAAGCUCUAAUUUACAUGCUUAUAAUCCUUUUCCUCA